AUGAGCUUCGCUCAAGAGCAUAGCUCAUACCAAAGCAAUUACUCACAUGGGUGGACUGAAAACCAGAAUAUGUCAUAUAGGAACAACAGCCCUGAGAUCUCAUCGGUUGCCUCUAGUUAUCCAAUGCAGGGAUUUAGGUACAAUGAGGAGAGCCACAACUAUGCACCACAACAAUUUCAUUCAGCUCCUACUCAUAUACCUCAACACCAGGAGACGUGUCUAAUGGAGUUAAAUGGUCCUCCACUUGGUCAACCAACAACUCCAGCACCUGUUGAGCAAUUUCAUGCACAAGUGCCCACACAAGAUGACUUUGAUGAUAUAGACAAGCUCACAUUGCUUAGUCUCGAGUUCACUUGGAGUGCUGAAGAUGAUUCAAUUAGGCCGGUGAUACUAGAGGAAAUGAAGAAGAUCAAGAGUGGAAAAGAGCUAGUGGAAGAAGUAAGGAAAAUUGAGAAGAAUAUCAAUGCCGGGUGCAUUAUCUCAUCCCUCCUUGAGUCGAUUGUUGCCGAGAUUCCCCUUGAUACAUGUGACGUUCCAAUACCGUCACAUCCAGCUGAGCAAGAUAGUAAGAGUCCAGAGGAAGAAAGAUCUCAGAUUGAAGAAGAAAUACUUGAAGACAAGGAACAAGAUGAUCCAGAGCUCGAACAACAAAGUGAUCAAGUUGAAGACUCAUCAUGUAUUAUUCUUGAAGAAGCAAAAGAAGUUGAUGUGAUUGAAGAUGAAGAACCGGAAAUGCAUUUGCCCAUCGUCAUAUAG